CUCUCUCUCUCUCUCUUUCUCUCCUUCGACGAAACGCUUCGGCGUCGCUCUCCCUAUUUCUCCCUCCCAUCGCCGUUGAACAAAAGCGCGGGAAAGGGCGCUCGCGCGCGCGCGAAAGAAGGAGAGAGAGAGAGAGAGAGAGAGAGAGGAGUGUGUGCAUAGUGAUCAUCAGAAUCGAGUCGCUCGAAUCUCAGCGACAUCCGAUGAUGGAUGGGAAUCGACCCCGAAGAGCGCCUCUCAAAGCUCAUCAACCCCCAAAUUGGAAGGAGGAGCUGAGGCAAAAUUGCUUGAGAAGAGUCCAAAAGGAGAGGACUCAAUUGCUUUGGAAAAUUAGGACGGAUGCGCAACACGCCCGAAAUGAAAAGGAGAUUGUGGAAUCCACAUUCCGGAACAUCGUUUCUGAUGAGCUGCAGAAAAUAAAAGAGUUGUCCGUGAGCGGAAAACAGGAGAGAGAAAUAGAUGUAAUAUGGGAAUACAACGGCCCCCCUGUAGUUAACACAACUGAGACUGAAAGUGAAGAGCUGUUGCUAGAAAUGGAAAGGCUUCUCUAUGAGGAUCUGAGGGAGGAACUGAUUAGAAGAGAACUGGAGGUUUUUGAGGAAGAAGAUGCAUACUUAGCUCGAGAAGUUUUCGAACACAUGCAGUUAAAUGAUACACAGGUUGCCCAGAAUGACAAAGUAUGGUGCCCGAUCUGCAAACAAGGAGUGCUACAUGAAACUCAUCACCUCAUAUUUUGUAGUCAUUGCAAGCUGCGCCUCGACCUAGGAACCGAUAAGGUUAACCUUGAUUACUUGCGAGAUCGAUUGGCGGAAGCGCACUUGGAGCAUUUAGAUAGAGGAUGCAAAGCAGCACCAAAGUUUUGUAUGGAGACCAAGUUCGGAUUAACUGCACUAUACAUCCAGUGCCUCGCGUGCGACACGUUCGAUAUUGUACUAUAAAUUGUAUACCGCAGAACCAAGGAAGGGGAAGAAACACAUCAUAAGCUGAAAUUUUCGUCGGUUGACAAAGAAUGAAAUAGUCAGAUUACUUCCGAGACAAAUUUGUUUAAUCCAAACUCUGAUUGUAAAUUAUAUGUUGAAGGAAUAUUCAAAAUGGAUCCAAGUGGGUUAUAACAAAUUGAUGUAAUCGCGCAUGUAAGAUGUUGUUAAAGUUUGUUGGCUCUCUCUAUACUCAGGUAAGUGAUCAAACAGGAAGAAUAAUUGAUGCAAGUGACCUAAAUAUUCUUUUCUUAGUUCUUUGAUUUGUUUAUGUUGAUCCACACAGCUGGAUUCUUAAGAUUGAUUACUUGUUUAUUUUUUCUUUUUUUUUUUGUUGUAUGAGGUGGAGAGUUUGUGAAGCAAAAGCUAUAAUAAUAUGUUUAAUGUUGAAUUGUGGUGGUUUGAUUUUGCUA